GGCUUCGUUCUUUCGAAACUAGACCGCAGGGUAGGACAGAGCUCGUACACUUGUAGUAAACCUCAGACACGUUUUAACAAAUUCAUCAUGGCCAAGCCACAAUACAAAGUUGCUGAUAUCUCCCUGGCUGACUGGGGCCGCAAGGCCAUCAUGCUCGCCGAGAACGAGAUGCCUGGACUCAUGCACCAGAGAGCAAAGUACGGGCCUGACAAGCCUUUAAAGGGAGCUCGUAUUGCUGGAUGUCUUCACAUGACCGUUCAGACUGCUGUCCUCAUCGAGACCUUGAUUGAACUCGGUGCAGAGGUUACAUGGUCCUCGUGUAACAUCUUCUCAACUCAGGAUCACGCUGCUGCCGCUAUGGCUGCCCGUGGAGUCCCUGUGUACGCCUGGAAGGGAGAGACCGACGAGGAGUAUGUUUGGUGUAUUGAUCAAACCAUCAUGUUCCCUGACGGUCAACCUCUAAACAUGAUCCUAGAUGAUGGAGGAGAUCUGACCAACCUGGUUCAUGAGAAGUACCCUGAGCUCCUACCAGGGAUCAAGGGGUGCUCGGAGGAGACCACAACUGGUGUCCACAACCUUUACAAGAUGUUCAAGGCCGGUAAGCUGAAGAUGCCCGCCAUCAACGUCAACGACUCUGUCACCAAGUCCAAGUUCGACAACCUGUACGGAUGCAGGGAGUCUCUUGUUGACGGUAUUAAGCGUGCCACCGACGUUAUGUUGGCCGGUAAGGUCGCUCUCGUCGCCGGAUACGGAGAUGUCGGUAAGGGAUCCGCCCAGUCCCUCCGUGGGUUCGGAUGCAGAGUUAUCAUCUCUGAGGUUGAUCCCAUCAACGCCCUUCAGGCCGCCAUGGAGGGUUACGAGGUCACAACCGUCGAUGACGCCAUCGGUAGAUGCAAUAUUGUCGUCACCACCACUGGAUGCAAGGAUAUCCUCGUCGGCAAACACUUUCUCCAGAUGAAGAACGACGCCAUCGUCUGCAACAUCGGUCACUUCGACUGUGAGAUCCAGGUUAAGUGGCUGGAGGAGAACGCUAAGUGCAAGACUAACAUCAAGCCUCAGGUAGACAGAUACACACUCUCCAACGGAAAGAACAUCCUGCUCCUUGCAGAAGGAAGACUUGUUAACCUUGGCUGUGCUAUGGGACAUCCUUCAUUUGUGAUGUCAAACAGUUUCUCAAACCAGGUUCUUGCUCAGAUGGAGCUCUGGUGCAAUCCUGGUAAAUAUGAGGUUGGAGUUUUCAUGCUCCCCAAGAGACUGGAUGAGGAGGUCGCCUUCUCUCACUUGGCUGCCCUUGACAUUAAGCUGACCACCCUUUCAGCUGAUCAAUCCGAGUACCUCGGUAUCCCAGUAGAAGGCCCCUUCAAGCCCGACCACUACAGAUACUAGAGCUUUGCCUACUGCGAGCCGCAACAUCAGGCUCUACUGUCCACUCUGCGUGUAACCGGAAACUGUUUCGGACCAGGAAUAAACUGACUUACCAAACCCAACAUCUACCAAAUAUAUUCCUGGUGUGUCACCGUUUCCGCCCAUUUUCUAUUUUUGUACGAUAUAUAAACUGUGUUUGUGAUCUGAUAUGAACAAAUAUAAGACAAUCUUUUGUAAUGUCGUGAACUU